AUGUCUCGCAAACCACCAACCGAUACUUUCACCCGAUUCACGUCGACCACACCUUCCUUUUCCUCUUCACCUUCAUUUAACUCCUCACCACCAUCACUGAAACAAAACAAACCCACACCACGACCUUCGCAACCCUCACAGCCAGCACCAGCAUCAGAAACUCCACAACAGCGCGUGGCCCGACUCCGCGCAGCCCAUCUCGCCAAACGAGCCGCAGAACUAAGCACAUCAGACCGCAUAUUAGCUCGCGGACGAAGAGUAGCAGACGUCCUUCACAGAGGGACAACAUACACACUCCUCGGUUUCUCCGCUGUCGCCUCGGUAGUCGCAGCCUACGGCCUCAUCUCCCUAAUAUCCCACAACCGAACACAAAAACGUGCAUGGAUAGAGCGUGAGAUGGACAGGUUGGAGGCUGCUCGCAGUGCGUUUUUGGCUGGCACCGCAGACGCUGAACAACUACAUUUACUGGAGCAGGAACGUGCAGGCGAGGAAUUGAAGCAGAAUUAUCAAAAGGAGAAACAGCGACGGAAAGAGGAGGGGUAUUUCAUGAGUGUCAAGAAUAUGUUUCGCUCGAGUGCGGCGGCGGGAGAUAUGGGUGCCGAGCCGACGCAGCAGACGCUGGCGGAGAGGGGCCAAAGCUUGCGAGAGAGCGAAAGACGGUUCCAGGAGGAUCAAGCCAAGGCGCAGCAGAACCAGAGGUUUACAAGGGGAGAUACUGAGGUUGAGCUUCAACGUGCUGCGGUUUCAGGAAGCUCGAUACCCGGUGUUGGGCUGGAUGAGAAGGGGAGGCCUGUACCGUUGAACAAGAUGCAGCAGGUACCUGUUAAGCAGUCGCCGAUAGUGGAUGCUAUACAGGGACAGGGGCAGGUAAGACGGCCAGGCCAGCUCGAUAUGCUGGCUGAUAACAUUUCGAGUUCUGGUUCGAGUUUGUGGUACUCAUUGUUCGGAGGAUCCAGGUCGUAA